GUCCUGAAAAAGAGGAGGGAGAAAGAAGAAAGCAGGGAACAGAGUGGGGCAAUGGCUUCUCUGCGUAAAUUUUAUUUAUUAAGAAUCAACAACGAAAUACAAAGAAAAAGGAAAGCUCUGCGCUCUGACAAGACCUUUGUUCCUCCCUCCCUCCCCCUCUCUCUAUCUCUCCGGCGGAGGUCGCCGCCGCAUCUCCGUCGCGUCGUCUAUCUACCUUUGUAGCGGAAGCAGUUCUUUGACGGCGAGCUCGGAGAUGGAGUUAUUCUGAUCUGAUGUCCCUUCACUAGCCUCUGAACCAUAAUUGCCAAAAUGGCUUCCAAACCAGAGGCAGAUAUUCUAAAAAGGGACGUGCAGUUACAAAAACACGUUGAGAAUAAGGCAAAGCCAUGUGAUAGAGGAGCUUCUGAAGCAGAAAAGUUGCCAACUUCUUGUGAUUCCUUGGAGACGAAGCUCGAAUCAAUCUCUAUGUCACCCAAUCUUGGAAAAACACCCGGUCGAGUUGAUUCUCCUGUUAGUGAGACCAGAAGUCUGCAAGACAAUUACAUUGACCAAGGGAAGAAAACAUCUGGUUCCGAUUAUGAAAGUGUGAAGGACAGUUUUGUUUCUGCCAAGAUUAGCAGCGACGGGACAAGUAGCAAUCUCGGGAGAACGAGUGGAAGCGCCAAGAUUAGCGAUCGUCUUGAAUUUGCAGAGAGUGGGAAGAACAGCAUAUGCAGGGGAAGCACAAGCAGUGAUGUGAGCGAUGAAAGCAGCUGUAGCAGCGGUAUAAGCAAACCUCACAAAGGCAAUGACUUGAGAUGGGAAGCCAUCCAGGCCGUCAGAUCGAGAGGGGUUUUGGGUUUAAGCCAUUUCCGGCUCCUCAAGAGGUUGGGUUGCGGUGAUAUCGGAAGCGUUUACCUCGCAGAGUUGAGCGGAACCAUGUGUUAUUUUGCCAUGAAGGUUAUGGACAAGACAUCCUUAGCUACUCGUAAGAAGCUCCUUCGAGCUCAGACCGAGAGAGAGAUACUGCAGUGCUUGGAUCAUCCUUUCCUUCCAACCCUUUACACCCAUUUCGAGACCGAUAAAUUCUCUUGUCUGGUGAUGGAAUUCUGUCCUGGAGGAGACCUGCACAUGCUCAGGCAAAGGCAACCCGGCAAGUAUUUCCCCGAGCAGGCCGUUAAAUUUUACGUGGCCGAGGUCCUGUUGGCUUUGGAGUACCUUCACAUGCUCGGUAUUAUCUAUCGUGAUCUUAAGCCAGAAAACGUCCUUGUGAGGGAAGAUGGACACAUAAUGCUAUCGGACUUUGAUCUGUCCCUCCGCUGUGCUGUAAGCCCAACUCUUGUGAAAACCACAUCUCUUGAAUCUAACCCGUCACGGAAAAACCCUGUUUAUUGCGUCCAGCCAUCUUGUAUACAACCAUCAUGCGUUGGACCUACGACUUGUUUAUCGCCCAGAUUCUUCUCGAGCAAGUCCAAAAAGGAACGGAAGGCCAAAAACGAAACAGGAAACCAAGUCAGCCCAUUACCCGAGCUGAUUGCUGAGCCGACUGAUGCUCGGUCCAUGUCCUUUGUCGGGACGCAUGAGUACUUGGCUCCUGAGAUAAUCAAGGGCGAAGGGCAUGGAAGUGCAGUUGAUUGGUGGACUUAUGGCAUCUUUCUCUACGAGCUUCUCUUCGGCAGGACACCCUUCAAAGGAUCAGGCAAUCGCCAGACGUUAUUCAACGUGGUGGGUCAGCCACUUCGUUUUCCAGAGGCACCCGUCGUGAGUUUUGCAGCGAGGGAUCUCAUACGAGGGCUGCUCGUGAAAGAGCCUCAGCAUAGGCUGGCUGUCAAGCGAGGUGCAACCGAGAUAAAGCAGCAUCCUUUCUUUGAAGGCGUGAACUGGGCAUUGAUACGGUGUGCCACUCCGCCGGAAAUACCCGCAGCAAAGGCUUUGGAGGUAGAAGAAAGUCUACCUGCCGCGACUGGCGAGAAGAGCGUACUGUCUCAGCCACAGAAGGGUUUGGAUAAGUAUCUCGAAUUCGAUUUCUUCUAGCCUUUGUCUGGUCUUGUUGUGCGCUUGCAAGUAAAACGGGCAGUGUAGGGUUUUGGUCCUUUGGAUACUGUGUUGUUGACAGACGGUUUGGAAAGUUUAUGCCAUUAUUCAAUGCUUAGUUCUUUGCCAUUGCCA